AAAGAAAUUUUCACUAAUGAGACAUUGUCUGAAAUUGACAUCAACUGCUUGUCAACGAUAGGAAGACAAUUAUCUUAGACUUUGCGUUUUUUUCAACGAGUACUGAUGAGAGCUGAUAUAUAUAUAUAGACACACAAACGCAAGAAUAAAAAGUAAAAUUUAACACCGGCUGCGAAAAAAUGUGCAGAGAACCGAUUAAUGAUUAAGAGUCAGCGGUUGCGAUUAGAUUCACGCUCUUUCCUCAUAAAGUUCAAAAUAUUUAAAUAUUUACCGUUAUUAUCAGUGUUAUGUAAUAACAACUAUUUACAAGAAAUAAUCAAGGAAAAGUAACGAAGUAGAGAUUGUGCUAUGUACAACAAAAUAUACCAAAUACAUGCUUCUUAUUUAUAAACCUGCUAUGGACAUAUAAUAAUGCUCUUGCACACAAGUAUUUUAGAACAAUUAAAAUUGUUUUAUAAAUAAAUAAAAAUUCCGUGCGAAAUCUCACACAAAAUAAGGAUUAUCUCGUUUCUGACCUUUGAUACUUAGUCGAUUGAAACGUGUCUCUGUGAUAUGGACCUGCCUAAUCAGGUGCCAGUCAGAUUUCUCGGUAUCAGUGAAAAUUCGGCAGUUUGGUAAAUAGUGGUGGAUCAGACGGUUCGCCUCUUAAAGCAGCACGCGUUGACAGUCGAUGUUCGUGCGGUAUACAAAGUGACACGAUAACACCAUGUUAUUAUCGACUUUAUCAAACCUUCUUUCAUUACGCGUUGGGCUAUGUAGAAGUUGAACUGGCACAAACAGCCGUCGACGUUUGCUGUCUUUCGCGUCUGUGAGCGCGAUAUAGUCAGUCGAUCUGUCGUCCAACCUGGAUGAAACUGCUUCAUUUUUCGAUUGAAAUGAACGGGAUCGUCCAUUACGCUCUAAUAGCCUACUGGGAGAAGUCCGGCUGCAAGAUCGUCGCUGAUUAUCCCGUGAAUCAGGAUCCAAAUUACCGGGCUAUCGCUCUCAGCACUCUCAACGGCUCAAGACACUAGAGGAUAGACAAAAUCAGCGUCGAUCAGGGCAAAUAUAUGAUGCAUGUGCUAAUCGGGGAACUUCACUAUGCAUGCUUGACAUCGAAACCGGACUGCCCUUCGUCGAUGAUUCGGCUAGAAUCUCAUUCUCAAAUAUUUUUGCAAAGGCUACAAAAAAUUUAUAGAGAAUUGCCGAUAUUGGCGGAUCUUUCGAGAGAUUUGGCUCAUCUCACAGUAGGUGAUCUUUCGAAGCCGUUGAAAAAAAUGAUUGAAGAGCAUAACAAUCCGGAUGAUCCUAAGAAUACCAUUCCGAAAUUAGAGGAAGAAUUGACUGAAGUACGUCACAUAUUGAUGGAAGCGGUCCAAAAACUAAUUGACAGAGGCCAGAGGAUGGACGAACUCGUACAAAAAACACAAAGUCUCGAAAUUUCGUCGAAGGACUUCCACGUAGCGUCGAGGACUUCGCGAAAAAAGAAGAAUGUCGCAGUAGCAACUGGUGCGGCGCUUUUGAUGUUUAUACCGAUCUCGCUCUUCGCGGUGCUGAUGUACAUGGGAAUCUUGUAAUCGACUUUUUUGAAAAGAUUUUAGUGCUUUAAAGUGUACCAAAUUUUUAUGAAAAUAACCCCCCAAAAAUGCGGCAACAAUUUUGAACACGUGUGCGAAAUUUUUUAAUCUUGUCAAAUAUAAUGCAUUUUUCUUCUUA